AUGUUCUAUCAUUUCACGAGGAGCGCAAAUUAUGAUGACGACCGCUUCAAAGGGAAAAAGCGGCGGGACUUUAUGAUCCGGGCCACCAUUAAAGAAAGAUGUCUGACGUUCUGGCGACAGGAAUUCAAACAGACGCGCCUGUCGAUCGACGCAGACAGACGCUGUUUAUUCUUGACACUCCAUAUUCCGAAAACCUUUCUUUCUUUCUUUCUUUCUUUCUUUCUUUCUUUCUUUCUUUCUUUCUUUAUACGCUAUUUCCUUUCGUUUAUUUUUCCUUCUCUUGUAAAAUGUUCUUCCUCUGUAGACGUUAAACACUUCUUUCUUUUUUGCUUUGUUUCUUUUUUGCUUUGUUUCUUUUUCUUUCUUUCUUUCGUUUUCCAUUCUUUCUUUCUUUCUUUUUCCAUUCUUUCUUUCUUUCUUUUUCCAUUCUUUCUUUCUUUCUUUCUUUCUUUCUUUUUCCUUUCUUUUUUCCUUUCCUUCAUUUUCCAUUCUUUCUUUCUUUCUUUCUUUUUCCUUUCUUUUUUCCUUUCCUUCAUUUUCCAUUCUUUCUUUCUUUCUUUCUUUCUUUCUUUCUUUUUUCUUUCUUUCUUUCUUUCGUUUUCUCACUGA